UUUCAGAGGAAAACGAAACGGAACGAAAGUCAUCCGCGUUUGCUUUGGUUUUUUCAUGUUAUAUCAACAAUUUAUUAUAAUUAAACAUCAUUAAUAAUAAUUUCAAGGAAAUAAACGCGGUAGGUACUUAAAAAACUGGGAAAAAUCUUAUUUUAUUUCGAAGCCUAAGAGCUGUACCGGUGGUCCUUAAUAAAUUGAGGAUAUCCUUUUUCAUCUAUCGAUGGCUCGUAUUAGUAUAUUAAUAAGUGCCUUACUGGUGUUGACGGGGACUGCAAUAGCCGCCGGUAAGGACGCUGACGACGAUGUAACGGUUGAGACUGAAGAUGAAGACAAAUAUAGCAGUCCUCAAAUAAGUGGCAAAGGUAUCUACCUAGCAGAGCACUUUGAUGAUGAGAAUGCCUUCAAGAAGAAAUGGGUGAAGUCAGAAGCCAAGAAACAGGGUGUGGAUGAGAAUAUUGCUAAGUACGAUGGAAACUGGGAGAUCCAAGCACCAACAAGGAAGAUCUUUAAAAACGAUUUAGGUUUAGUGUUGACCACAGAAGCUAAGCACGCCGCUAUAUCAGCAUUGCUGGAUAGGCCUUUUGAGUUCACUGACAAGCCUUUUAUAGUUCAGUAUGAAGUUACUCUGCAGGAAGGACAAAACUGUGGGGGCUCGUACAUUAAACUCCUAUCAAGAGGCACCAACACAAAAGCGGACUUGCGUAAAUUCCACGACCAAACGCCGUACACUGUGAUGUUUGGGCCGGACAAAUGUGGCAAUGAUAACAAACUACACUUCAUAUUCAGGCACAAGAACCCCAAGAACGGCACUAUUGAAGAGAAGCACAGCAAGAAGCCCACACAACGUAUAGAAGACUUCUACAAAGAUAAGGAGCCCCAUCUCUACACACUGAUCAUUCGGCCGGACAACACAUUCAGAAUACUUGUGGACCAGAAGGAGGUCAAUUCGGGAUCCCUGCUUGAGGACUUCACCCCACCUGUCAACCCCCCAGAGGAGAUUGAGGACCCUAAUGACAAGAAGCCUGAGGAUUGGGAUGAGAGGGAAAAGGUAGUAGAUCCUACAGCGUCGAAACCGGAGGACUGGGAUGAGGAUGCGCCCGCGCAGAUUGUGGAUCCCAAUGCUGUCAAGCCUGACGGUUGGCUGGACAAUGAACCCGAGAUGAUUCCUGACCCUGAUGCCCUGAAACCAUCUGACUGGGACGAGGAUAUGGAUGGUGAGUGGGAGGCACCACUCAUCGACAAUCCGAUCUGUUCCACGGCUCCUGGCUGCGGAGACUGGUCCCCGCCUACCAUUCCUAACCCCAGCUACAAGGGCAUUUGGCGCGCGCCUCUCAUUCCGAACCCCAACUACAAAGGGAAAUGGUCACCUCGUAAAAUACCCAAUCCUGACUACUUCAAAGAUGAGCAACCAUUCAAAAUGACGCCUAUUCAUGCUGUUGGUUUCGAACUGUGGUCGAUGUCACCGCUUCUUCUGUUCGACAACCUGAUCGUUACUGAUGACGAAGCAUUAGCGGAGCUUUGGGCGCAGCAAUCCUUUGUACUGAAACGAGCCAAGAUCUCUAGAGAUUCGGACUCUGUAGUGGAGAGGACGCUGAGGUACGCUGCCAAUAACCCGUGGAUUUACGCGGUGGUUAUCGUCGGCACUUUCCUCGUGGUGGGCCUGUUUGCGUAUCUGUGCUGCGGAUCCAAAUCUGACCCUGAUGCAGAAAUUAAAAAGACUGAUGCUGUACUAGAGGAUGAUCCCCAUCAAUCCGAUGGGGAAGGCGAAGGUGCCGAGGAGGAUUUGCAGGAGAAACCCAGCAAGGCCGACCUCGAAGGCCCUGAGUCGCAGCCAGACUCCACUGAGGCGGAGGAGACGACGCCUCUCGUGGAUACAGAAGGCGCUGGCGAUGGACAGAGAAAAAGGAAGCCCCGCAAAGAAUAAACUCACAAAGUUUAUAUUCCUAAAGGGAGAGAGGUAGGUUCACACUUGACCAAUCUCUACAGUCGGUUACUGCCGUCCGCUGGAUGUGACCAUGCCUGAAGAUGAAUUUAUUUCAUUUUAUUAUUUUUGUUGUAUUUUAGCCUAAUUGAGUUACGUAGGUAUAUUGUACAAUACGAUUAAAAUAAAAAAAAUAUUGCCUACAAUAAUACAGUUACACAAUUAUACAAUGUUUAUAUAAGAAUGACAAUAGGUAGAAAGUCAGUCAUUGCUGGAGUAACGUCCAGCGCUGGGUUUUAGUUUGUACCUACGCCUUCCUAAUCUGUGAAACCUAAGCAAGUGGAAAAACACCGACUUUAUAAUAUUUAUACGUACAAUUAGGAAAAAUCACGGCAUCGUACCACGUUUUAAUCAUUUUUUAAUGAGUAUCUGUGAUUAUGGCCGUCGAAACACUGCUGAAAUAUGGGAUUUUGACACCGAACGAAAGGUUGGUAAUAAUUAUAAUUGAAGCAUGUAUGGAUACUUUAAGAUAUCGUAUAUUGAUUACGUAUCUCGUAAUAAUCUCGUACAAAUUUGUACGAGACUGUAGAUUUUCGUACAUCAUACGGUGAAUAAAAACCUCGUAAUCGUACGAAGAAGUUCGUACAAUUAGCAUCUCAUAUUACUAUUCUUAUUUUAAUCGUAUUGUAAACAAACAAUGAGCUAAUCAAGUUAAAUUACACACCGUACAUAGGGUUGUCGAUCUAGAAAAAACUAUUUUCGUAAACUUUAAGGGUAGUUUCGGGUCUUAAAACAAUGAUUAGGUGUUGGUUUUUUAUUAUUUGCUCGAUGCCCGUAUGAGUUUGGAUGUAAUUUAUCUUGAUUAUCUCAACUAUAUGGGUAUUUUGUUUUAUUUAUUUUUAGUUAUAAUGAUUUUAAUAAUUAUUUAACACACUCAAUAUUUAGAAUUUAUAUAGAUAAAAUUCCAAAGAAAUAUUUUUCUUAUCACAAAAAUGCAAAUAAUUUAUGAUUUUAUUUUGUUAUUAAUUAUUCAAUUUACUCGAUAGCUAAAUGUCAAAUAUAUGCAAACUAUAGAAUUUGCACUAAAAUUGUAUUUAAAUUAACAAUAGUUGCCUUUACACGUACGCUCUUUCACGCGCAAAUAAAAUUUCACACAGGAAAGUAUGAACAUGUAAAUGUAGGCAAACACAACGAGAAGAUCCGCACGCGCUGCUAGCUCGCCGCCGCAUCGACAUUACCGCGUCCUUCAAUCGUACGUGCUUUAGCGCCUUUUUAUAAUAAUAAAUUAUCAUUGUCAAAAUGUCGAACAUCUGACCAUAGAGCAAAGACAUAAUCAUAGAGUUGUUGGUAAUUUAUAAAUCUUAAACGUGUCUUUGGAAAAAAAAACUGUAGAAUCAAAAAUUUAAUUUUAAAAGGAACUGAAAUGACGUGACCUAAACGCUAAUACGCGAAAAGGACUGAACGCAAAAAAUAGUAAAAUGCAAUCGCACACGAUUGCGCGCUUUCCCGCGAUAAAUCGCGUGCGUUUCUGAUCGCGUUUGAAAGAACGUAUUGUGUAAAGGUGUCUAUUCUGUUUAUUAGUACAGGAAAUGUAGUAACUGUUUUAGUUUUUCCUGUUUACCUCGUAAACUACCGACCUGGCGUGAGAUUACAUAUUUGUUUUUUUAAUUUUUGACGUAUGUCAGGCAUGGUACAGUAUUGGACGAAGUAAUAACAUAGCGAAUCGAAAUAUGUAGACGUGAUCUGUUUAGAGUUUUCUUCGUUUAGUGCACAGAUGUGUGAUAUCUUUCAGACAGAUAUCUGUUAGUAUUUUUUAUUUGUAACUGUACUACAUUCUUCUGUCGUGGAUACUUUUGUGGCAAUAGCGCCAUCUGUUUUGUUACAACCUUUUUAAACUUAUCUUAGGAUAAAUAGGUUGAGGAUAAUUCCAAUUUGUUUCAUAAACGUCUGUAUUGUUUAAUAUAUGUACAACAAUUGAGUAGUAAUGAAGUUUGAACAUGUCUUCUUGUUUAUAAAGUAAAUCCAUUGAGAUAUUUGAAAUAAGAGCUCUGAAUGUAUUCUCUGUAAUUUUGCAGUGUGCGUUAGAAAUCGGACUAAAGUACCGUAAAGUAAUUGGUUGAAUGAACAAAAAUGUGUUUUUAAUUUCCGUUUUUUUUUUUCUCUUAUGAUCUAUUAUUAUUCGUUACGGUUUCGUUAAAUGUAUUUCAUUUUCUUUUCUACCAAAGAGUAUAUUCUAUGUUGUGACCGAAACAUGUGAACAAACUGUGCAUUAUAUUGUUUUUAGUGUAUGAAUAAAUUGAAGCAUUGUAAGAUAUUGCGUCUUGAAAUUUUUGUCUACGACCUAGGUAUCUACUAAUCGAAAUAUUUAAAAGUAUAUGGUUGUUGCAGUAUUGUCUUUGAAUUUAAAAGUAAUGAACUCACUUUCUGGAUAGGUUAAUUAAUAUCUAAAAAGCCAGUUAUAAAUACCCUAUUUGCUAUUUGCUCUAUUUAUAGUUCAUAGUAUUUUUAUAACAAGAUGCGUUGUUCUCCAUCUCGCUUGCACCUGACAGAGGCAACCUUCAAAGUUAACAUUGUAAUACCAAUAUUAAAUUUAUAGAUAUUUCUUUAAUUAUUUCGUUCACGUAGCAUCGUCCUGUAAAUUUCUUACUACUAACUUUAUGUAUGUAAAUAGAGUUCCGAUUUCUGUAGUGCUUUAAUAGAUUGUCUAUGGACUGUCUUUGAAAUGUUGUAGACAACAUAAAACUAUUGCUGUAUUACAGUAAGACCUCGCUUAACGCAGGGGAUACGUUCCAAUAAGUUCCAGCGUUAAACUAGGCUAUCUUUCUUUCUUUUCUUCGGAAUCACUACUAUCAAUAUUUUAGUUUUCUUCUUGCUCAGUUAAUUCCUUGAGCUCAUUAUUAGAAAGACUAGCUGCUGUUUCUUACACUAUUUCCUCGACGUCUUUUCGUUGUGAUCCGAAUUCCUGGGUUGUAAUAAAGGAGCGCUAAACGAAACAGCGUUACCCGGGAUCUUACUGUACUAGUAUUUUUUAUUAAUAACUGUAUAAUUUCCAUCUUUAUUGAAUUGAAUUGACAAAUUGCAUAUCAAUGUUUUUAAUAAUUUGAUAUUGAAAUUGCAAACUUUGUCACCGCUGUGUAAAGGUAUUAAGAUACAUAUAUAUGUAUACUUCAUAUAUUUGCUUACUAACUUGUCAUUAUAUGUUUCUACCAAUUGUAAGAAUUAUAAUAAAUUAUAUUUUAUAAUCUGUGAAAUGUAUAAAAUUUCUGCCUAUUCAUAUGUUAUUAUAUAUGUUUAAUAAUUUAUGCAUUUGUAAUAUUACUACGUCAUGCUUCAAUAAGUACAAUGGUACUUCAUAUAAUAUAGUUAUUAUUCAUACAUUCAUUAUGCAAUACUAUUCAAAUUUAUAUGAAAGAAAUAUUUUAAGACAUGUCAUAAUAUUACAUAUAUUUAUAUAUGAAAUAUAUUUAUAACAUUAAUGUACAAAAAGAACAAGAUUCUCGUUCUCAUAUAGAUAAAAAAACUGUCAACAAUUAACUAAAAUUGUCCAUGGAUAUAAAAUUAAAUAACAGUAAUUCCGUGUAGAUUUAAGUCGCAAUUGUAUAAACAAUAUAUAUAUACUUGGUGUGAAAAAAUAUAUAAUAAUAUAAA